AUGGCGGCCAACGGAGACAAGUUCGGCAACGACAUCGAGUCCGAGUCCGACUCCGGCAACGAGUCUCAGAUCGAUGCCCACGAUUCCGAUAACGAAAUCACGGAGCGGCCCGUUAAGUCCGCUUUGAAGAAGACAGCCGACCUCGCCCCCGCCGUCCAGAGACCGCCACUGCCGCCCCAGACCGACCCUAAAGAUCUCGAUGUUAAGGCUUUGAGCCCUCUGACCCCCGAGAUUAUCGCGCGGCAAGCAACUAUCAACAUCGGCACCAUUGGCCACGUCGCCCACGGAAAGUCGACUGUGGUGAAGGCCAUCUCUGGCGUGCAGACCGUUCGUUUCAAGAACGAACUUAUCCGUAACAUCACCAUCAAGCUUGGUUACGCCAAUGCCAAGAUCUACCAGUGCGACAACCCAGAAUGCCCGCGGCCAACAUGCUACCGGAGCUACAAGAGCGAGAAGGAGGUUGACCCUCCUUGCGAGCGGGAGGGUUGCGCGGGGACAUACAGGCUACUACGUCACGUUUCGUUUGUCGACUGCCCCGGUCACGAUAUUCUGAUGAGCACUAUGUUGUCAGGUGCCGCCGUCAUGGACGCUGCUCUGCUACUCAUCGCCGGCAACGAAUCAUGCCCGCAACCACAAACGUCCGAACAUUUGGCAGCUAUCGAGAUUAUGAAGCUCGACAAGAUCAUCAUCCUCCAGAACAAGGUUGAUCUUAUGCGGGAAGAGGCGGCCAAGCAGCACUACGACUCCAUCUUGAAGUUCAUCAGGGGUACUGUCGCUGGCAAGUCGCCCAUCAUCCCCAUUUCGGCCCAGCUCAAGUUCAACAUCGACGCCAUUAACGACGCCAUCGUCAACACCAUCCCUAUCCCCCCCAGGGAUUUCUCCAUGGACCCCCACAUGAUUGUUAUUCGGUCUUUCGACGUCAACAAGCCCGGUGCCGAGAUCGACGAGCUCAAGGGUGGUGUCGCUGGUGGCAGUAUCUUGCACGGUCUGCUGAAACUCGGCGACGAGAUCGAGAUUCGGCCCGGUAUCGUGUCGCGUGACGACAAGGGCAACCUCAAGUGCACGCCCAUCUUCAGCCGAAUCGUUUCGCUCAACUCGGAGGCCAACGACCUCAAGUACGCCGUCCCCGGCGGUCUUAUCGGUGUCGGUACCCGCAUCGACCCUACCCUCUGCCGUGCCGAUCGUCUGGUCGGUUUUGUGCUCGGUCUCAAGGGCCGCCUGCCCGAGAUCUACAGCGAGAUCGAGGUCAACUUUUACCUGCUUCGCCGCCUCCUCGGUGUCCGUACCGCCGAUGGCAAGCAGGCCAAGGUCGACAAGCUCGCCAAGAAUGAGGUCAUCAUGGUCAACAUCGGUUCUACUUCGACCGGUGCCAAGGUUGUGGCGAUCAAGAAGGAUGCCGCCAAGCUCCAGCUCACAAGCCCGGCAUGCACAAAUAUCGGCGAGAAGGUCGCUCUUAGUAGACGUAUCGAGAAGCAUUGGCGUCUCAUCGGCUGGGCUACUAUCGCAGCUGGUGUCACGCUCGAGCCUAGCACCUCCUAA